AUGGAUUUAGGCCAGGAACUUCCACUUUACACGCUUUGCAUGAUAUCAAAGAGGCUAUCAUGGACAACAAAAUAUCACGGUAUCCAUACAGCACUCAUCAGCUUAGACCUGAAGAGUGCAUUUGACAACUUAUGGUGGCCAGCGAUCUUGCAGGCUCUAAGAAGUUCUGGCUGCCCAAGCAAUAUCUUUAAUACUAUAAAUCAUUAUCUACAGGAUCGAAGAAUAAUGAUUAUACAUUCAGCGGGAAUUAUUGAAAAGUCACAGACGAGAGGAUGCCCGCAGGGUUCCUGCGCAGGUCCUCAACUCUGGAAUUUAACCUUCAAUAAGCUACUCAAUGCUUCCUGGCCUGCGCAUACGAACAUUUUUGCCUAUGCCGAUGACGCGGCCUUGGUUGUCAAGGGACAUUCUCGUGAAGAAUUGCAAAAGAACUGCAAUGAGGCCUGUCAAAUUUUCCAGCGAAAUUGUGACGAACUGAAAUUAGUCAUAGCAGAAAAUAAGUGUCAAAUUUUACUGGUGCCUAAGAAGGGAGGCUCUUUGGCAAGGAGACCGCGUAUUGUACUCAAUGGUCAGAGGCUCAAAAUUGUAAAAGAAUUAAAAUAUCUUGGUGUUACCUUUGAUGAAAAACUUACGUGGAUUCCUCAUGUUCUCUCUAUUAAAAAGCGUACCCUGGCCAUCGCCAAACAACUAAGACAAUUUUAUGGAUACAAGUGGGGUUUGAACCACCACAUUCAAAAGAUCUUAUACACAACGGUUGUAGAAAAGUUAGUAACUUAUGCAGCAGCAAUUUGGGCUCUCCCUAUGCAGAGGAGAAAAAUCAAGCAUCUCUCUACUAUUCAGCGCCCUUUUGCCUUAGGAAUAACUCGGGCAUAUAUUACUACUUCCACUGAUGCAAUAAAUGUCUUGGCUGGUUUGCUCCCACUGCAUAUUAGAACUGAGGAGGAAGCAGCACGACAAAUGUUAAUACAGCUACACAAGCCAAUAGCAUUUGCUGAAGAAAAUUUUACUUCGGAGGAAUAUGAAACCAAACUAACAUCUGACAGCAUUCACCCUGCGGAUUAUGGUGUUGGCAUUAGACUACAUGUCCCGCCUACAGAAUACCGUAGCCCCUCGAGUAUAGUAAUUUAUACGGAUGGAUCUAAAAUUGAAGGAAAUGUGGGGAGCGCAUUUGCUGUCUUACAAAAAAAUAGUGUCAUUGCACAAUGGAAGGGCCAUUUGGCUAACAAUAACAGUGUCUUUCAAGGGGAAGCAGUAGCAAUAGCGCAAGCUAUUCGCUACUUGCUAACCCACCAAAUCCUAAAGGCUACUAUAAAGUCUGAUAGCCUUUCAGCUAUUUAUGCGAUUAGUAAUCCAGAACACCCAUCCAAAAUCAUUAGAGAUAUUCAACAAGACCUUAGAAAACAUCAACGCCAUGACAUCCACUUAGCUUGGAUAAAGGCACAUAUGGGUGAAUAUGGAAACGAAGUUGCAGAUACUCUCGCCAAGGAGGCCGCUUUUGGAAUUGCUGCUGAACAAAUUCACAUACCUUGGCCGCAUUCACAUUUGAAAUCUGCAUUACGUCUCAAAGCAAUCAGUAAGUGGCAAGAAGAAUGGGAUUAUAGUACCACUGGUCGUCGUACUUAUUACCAUAUUUCUUACGUUACACAAGAUAGAUGCUGUGGAAAUCCCCAUCUGACACGUUAUAUUUCAGGGCAUGGCCCUUUUCCUCUUUAUUUUGAGAGAUUUUAA